GCACAAGUUCUCUUCCCCCACAUCCGCAGCCACGAUCGCCGCAGCCUCUCUCUUUCUCGCAAGGGCAUCCGGUGUCUCUCCUCCCCAUCCGCCGGAGGCCAGGAUCCCGCAGCCGCAGCCGCAGCCUUUCGGGGCAUCGUCUCACAAGUAGCAGUGCCUCUCUUCUUUCUCCAUCUGCUGCCACGAUCUCCCAGCCGCAGAGGCCCCCUCCCUGGCUCUCUUACUCCCUCUCGUGUUCCUCCUGAAUCGUUGGGUGUUUGUGCGGUGGGGCUACUGUAUCUGUCUGUCCUUCACUUAAAUGCACGGAGGUUCCCACUUGAGCUGGUAGAGAUUACGACUUCCAUAAAUUUUCGUUACGACUGUGGCAAACAUGGCGACUUUUGCAAAGCCAGAGAAUGCUCUCAAGCGUGCCGAAGAACUGAUAAAUGUUGGCCAAAAGCAAGCAGCGUUACAAGCUCUCCAUGACCUUAUAACUUCGAAGAGGUAUCGUGCAUGGCAGAAGACACUUGAGAGGAUCAUGUUCAAGUAUGUAGAGCUAUGUGUUGACAUGAGGAGGGGGAGAUUCGCAAAGGACGGGUUAAUCCAGUACCGUAUCAUAUGUCAGCAAGUAAACGUUAGUUCUCUGGAGGAGGUUAUUAAGUAUUUUAUGCAGCUUUCCACUGAACGAGCAGAGCAAGCCCAAAGCCAUGCCCAGGCUCUGGAGAUUGCUCUGGAUGUCGAUGAUCUGGAAGCAGACAAGAGACCAGAGGAUUUGAUGCUGAGUUAUGUUAGUGGGGAGAAAGGAAAAGACAGAUCUGACCGUGAGCUAGUAACUCCCUGGUUCAAAUUUUUGUGGGAAACAUACAGAACUGUGCUCGAGAUUCUAAGAAACAACUCAAAGAUGGAAAAUCUCUAUGCAAUGACAGCUCACAGAGCUUUUCAAUUCUGUAAGCAAUAUAAGCGAACUACUGAGUUUCGUCGCUUAUGUGAAAUUAUAAGAAACCAUUUGGCAAACUUAAACAAGUACAGAGACCAAAGGGACCGACCUGACUUGUCAGCUCCAGAGAGUUUGCAGCUUUAUUUGGACACCAGGUUUGAGCAGUUGAAAGUUGCUACUGAACUUGAACUGUGGCAGGAGGCUUUUCGUUCAGUUGAAGACAUACAUGGUCUGAUGUGCAUGGUCAAGAAAACUCCAAAGCCUUCAUUAAUGGCUGUUUAUUAUGCCAAGUUGACUGAAAUCUUCUGGGUUUCAGAGAGCCAUCUUUAUCAUGCCUAUGCUUGGUAUAAACUUUAUGUACUCCAGAAAAGUUAUAACAAGAACCUUACCCAAAAGGAUUUGCAGUUGAUGGCUUCAUCGGUGUUGUUAGCUGCACUUUCAGUUGCCCCUUAUGACCAUAAGCAUGGUGCAGCUCAUUUUGAACUUGAGAAUGAGAAGGAACGCAAUUUCAGGAUGGCCAGUCUUCUAAGUUUUAGUCUCGACCCUAAACGUGAUAGCAGAGAAGUGCUUUCGCGGUCAGCACUUCUCUCUGAGUUGGCUUCCAAGGGAGUCAUAACAUAUGUACCACAGGAAGUCAAAGAACUUUACCAUCUUUUAGAAAAUGAAUUCUUCCCCCUAGAUCUUGCAUCGAAAGUUGAGCCGUUGUUAAGCAAACUCUCAAAGCUUGGUGAUAAACUUUCUUCAGCUUCUCCAGUUCCUGAGGUGCAGCUAUCACAAUAUGUUCCUUCAUUGGAAAGGCUUGCAACAUUGAGAGUGCUGCAGCAGGUUUCUCAGGUAUACCAGACAAUGAAAAUUGAGGUUCUCUCGAGGAUGAUCCCCUUUUUCAGUUUUUCAGUUGUGGAAAGAGUUUCAGUUGAUGCUGUGAAAUACAAUUUUGUGGCAACGAAGGUUGAUCAUCUGAAGGGUGUCAUAUCAUUUGAUAGCAUGGACCUUGAGUCGGAUAGACUUCGGAAUCAUCUGACAACUCUGGCAAAACGUCUAAACAAGGCAAGGAACUUAAUUUAUCCUUCGGAAAAGAAGGCAUCCAGAUUGGGUGAAUCCUUGCCUGCACUAAUUGAGGUUAUAGACAAGGAGCACAGGAGGCUUCUUGCCCGGAAAUCUAUUAUUGAAAAACGCAAGGAAGAACAGGAGCGCCACAUGUUAGAAAUGGAACGAGAAGAAGAAUCAAAGAGGUUAAAACUUCAGAAGAUAACUGAGGAGGCAGAACAGAAGAGGCUUGCUUCUGAGUAUUCUCGGAGGGAGGAGCAGCGGAUUCGUAGAGAGAUAGAGGAGAGAGAACUUGAAGAAGCUCAGGCUCUACUGCAGGAAGCUGAAAAACGCAAAGGAAAGAAAGGAAAGAAGCCUGUUAUUGAGGGGGACAAAGUGACCAAGCAAGCGCUGCUUGAGCUGGCUUUGAAUGAACAACUCAAAGAACGACAUGAGAUGGAAAGGAAGCUGCAGAAAUUGGCCAAAACAAUGGACUAUUUGGAGAGAGCAAAAAGGGAGGAAGAGUCACCAUUGAUUGAAGAAGCAUAUAAACAGCGCCUGAAAGAUGAUGAGAUCUUCUUUGAACGCCAACAGAGGCAAGCUAUUGAGCAGAGCAGACAGCAGCAUGCAGGAGACCUUCAAGAGAAGAGUAGAUUAUCUAGAAUGGCUGAAAACAAGGAAAUUUUUGAACAAGAGCUCAUUGCACGCCGAAGAGAUGAAUUUGAACAGUUGAAGAGAGAGAGGGAUGAGCGAAUUGCUAUGAUCUUGGCAGAAAGAAGGCAGGAAAGGUUGAGACAAAGGAAGAUAAUAUUUUACAGGCGAGAAGAAGCGGCAAGGCUGACCAGGUUGAAGGAAGAGGAGGAAGCCAGAAAACGUGAAGAGGCAGAAAGAAAACGACGUGAAGAAGCUGAACGUAGGGCAAAGCUGGAUGAGAUUGCGGAGAAACAACGGCAAAGAGAGAGGGAACUUGAGGAAAAAGAAAGGUUGCAAAAGGAGGCUUCACUUGCUAGAACAACUGAUGAACCUAGGCAUCCUAGGCCACAAGUACCGGUUGCAAAACCAGUAGAAACUGCUGCUGCAGCUGCUGGUCCAACGCCAGGCAAGUACGUUCCCAAGUUUCGGCUUCAGCAGCCAACUGAUGGUGGUGGUGCAGCACCACCACCCGAACCAGAUAGGUGGGGUCGUACAGAUGAUCGGCCACCUCGUACAGAUGAUCGGCGUUCAUCAUUCUCCAGCUAUGGGUCGCGGUCUUCAUCUUCAUGGUCCUCGUCCAAGCGGUAUUAGUAAGAGGGCUGGCUUAUUACCACCAGUCCGCAUGUGAAUCACUGGUGCCUGAAGUUUUGAAAGUCGGAUAAAUGGUUUGCCUGGGUUUUGCUUUUAGUUGUACUCCUUUUUGUUGAGAGAACAGGUCCUACAUGUAACCACUGGUACCUCUUGGAUAAACCGAUUCUUUGUUUUCUCUUGGAGGUGAACUAUUUAUUUUCAAUUAUUUUUUAUUGAGUUUCGGUUAA